UCCGUUCCCUAUCAAUCAAGCAAUCUGAGCCACACACAAAAAUGCCGUAGGCGAACAGGCACAUGGGAUCCUGAGAGGCGUAAUAUGUGUAAAGGCGUAGUGAAAUAAUGAUGUGCGGAACGGACGGCCUUUAGCGUAAGGCGAUUUUCUGGGAAACGAAGGAUGAGGACCAGGAGCAAGGCCCAGUUUUUUAAUCAUCUUUUGUAGAAGUGCGAAUGGCGCUAGUGGCGGGGAGGGAGAGGCAGCUGUCCCGAGAUUGAUUGAUAGACGGCAGUGGGCAGGUUUUUAUAACAAUUAAAGGGACAGGACGAGAUUUUACAAAGAAGAAAAAAACAACCAGUUUAUAAUUUUAGCCGCAAAUAUGACAUUCGGCGACGCUAAACGCUGAUGUUUGCGGAGGCCAACGAAGUCCCUUGUGUAAACAAACAUUCACCUCCAUUUCAGACGGUUUCCUGCUACGGUUACGUUAGCUAGCAUUAGCCAUGGCUGUGUUCUGGGGAGGAACAUGGCGCCUACAUGAGUUCGACUAUUCUAAAAGACAUUCUUAAUUCUGCAACCCAAUGUAGGCUACCGAUGUUUGCGUUGUGUUCUUUGUAGAUGAUAUUUCUCAGCACCAAGCCUCUGAAUUGUGUCAUUGACAACGAUAGAAGUGAGUCUACACACACAAACAAGGGCACAAAAGUUUCGGUUGUGUCGAUACAGUAUUCAGCAUUUUCGAGCGUUUAAGGGCGUGAAUGCAUGCACUCCCCUUGUGCGAGUUGUUGCAGCAGUCAACAUAAGCGGAAAGCGGCACAGAAUAGGCGUGUGGUUGACCGAUAAGGUUGCGAGCUAACUUUAAGCAGCCACUAAAGCACGAGGCACAAAAUGAGUAAUUUCCGGUCAAACAAUUCAAACUAACCCCCGACAGCCCUCUGAUGUUUUUGUCUCCUUUGACGGUUCGGACAAACACAAAUACUAUGUGUUAUGUCGCCAAGUUAAUACAACAUUACACAAGGCGGCAAAGACCGCUGCUGCUGACCGGAUCCUCUAUAAUGAUAAAGUACUCCGGACAUAAACAUUAACAAUGAUGGCUUCCCAGUCCAUGCCUGUAGAGGAGUAUCAGGAGGCUGAACAGAUGCCUGUUGGCCAGACGGAGUGUAAGUCGGGGGAGCGGUAUGGGGAUGCCACUGUUGCCACGGCGCCAAGUCCGCCCCCCUCAGAGCCACACACCCCCAUGGACACAGAUAAGGAGGCGAUCUACAGACAUCCUUUGUUUCCACUAUUGGCGUUGCUUUUUGAGAAGUGUGAGCAGUCCACCCAGAGCUCAGAGUGUGUGUCGUCGGCCAGCUUCGAUGUGGACAUCGAAAACUUUGUGCGCAGUCAGGAGAAAGAGGGCAAAGCCUUCUUCAGCGAUGACCCCGAACUAGACAGCCUGAUGGUGAAGGCGAUCCAGGUGUUGCGUAUCCACCUGCUGGAGCUGGAGAAGGUGAGCGACCUGUGUAAGGACUUCUGCAGCCGCUACAUUGCCUGCCUCAAGACCAAGAUGAACAGCGAGACGCUGCUGAGCGGAGAGCCUGGCAGCCCCUACUCUCCAGUGCAGACACAGACGCCCAGCUCGCUCACAGGCACGCUCAGUCCUCAGGGCAUUAUGGUUCCUGCCUCAGCCCUUCAGCAAGGCAAUGUUACCGUGACAACAGUCAACCCCGCACAGAUGGUAGCAGGUAUGUCACAGUGGCAUACGUCUCCCUCAGGUGGAACGGUGUACCAACCUGUCACAGUCGUCACACCACAAGGACAGGUAGUGACCCAAGCUCUCUCUCCUGGGACAAUACGCAUCCAGAACACACAGCUUCAACUGCAGUUGAACCAGGACCUGAGCUUUUUCAGUCAGGAUGAAGGUUCGUCCAAGAACAAGAGGGGCAUCCUGCCCAAACACGCCACCAACGUUAUGCGCUCAUGGCUCUUCCAGCACAUCGGGCACCCCUACCCCACUGAAGAUGAGAAGAAGCAGAUCGCUACUCAGACGAACCUCACCCUCCUGCAAGUCAACAACUGGUUCAUAAAUGCUCGGAGGCGGAUCUUGCAGCCCAUGUUGGACGCCAGCCAAUCAGAAACGCCCAAAAGCAAGAAGAAGCCACCCCAGAACCGCCCACUCCAGCGCUUCUGGCCCGACUCCAUCGCCUCGGGGGUUGCCCAGCAACACGUUACCAUGGCUGAUGGCACCAUGGUGGCGGUGGGAGAGGACGGGCUGCAGUCUCUGUCGUCGGACGGGGCCACUCUGGCCGUGCAGCAGGUGAUGCUCGGUGGCCAUAGCGAAGAUGACUCAGCCGAAUCAGACGAUGAAGAUCACACAGACCUGUCCGACGCUAACAUUACCAGGCUGGGCCUGGGGCACAGCGACUCGCUGCAGUAGACUCACACAGACACACACACACGCACACACACACACACACCACGCUUGAAUGGACUCAGAUGAUGUUACACAAACAAUGCCAACCAAGAAAGAAAAAGAAUGCACAUAUGGUGAUAUUGAGAUUCUAAAACACACACACGCACGCACACACACACACACGCAUGUUUUUAGCGCUGUUCAUAGUACUGUAGCUCAUUUUGAUAUUGGAAUACAGAAGUAGACAAACUUCUAACAUUUUUGUCUAGUCAGAAGAAUGAGUUUGACUGCUAAAUGUACACACACAUACAAUGAGGUGUUUGCUUAUUGUACACGCACACACACUAGAAGUCUCUCACACACACACACACACACACACAAAGAAAGCAAGCACAACCACAGCACACAGCGCUCUGGGGACCGCCCGCCACCCCCCCCCCCACACACACACACACGUGCAGAGCGACACACAACCUCCAGGUGACCUCUGAACUCUAAUCACAGAGGUCAAGGAGCUCCGUUCUCUCCUGCCCUCUGCAGUGCCAACCAAUCAUACGUCAUCUUCUGUACAGUCCAACCAAUCCAAUCACACGUCGUCUUCUGUCCAGCCCAGCUGACCUUGGCAUGCCUGUGUCUCCCCGCAGAUAAAGCUGAUCUAUUUUUAUACAGUGAUGGCUGACUUCAUGCUUGUCACCUCUGAGUUUUUGCUGUUUGGCCUUUUUUUGUUAGCUUGUUUUUGUAAGAGAUAUUUAUGGAUAAAUAUUUGGUUUUAAAGUUAGAUGUAGGCCCCUGUUUCAAGGGCGUUUCAUGGUGGAUUUUUGUGCUACUUAAAAUGACUGAGUUUGAGACUGUAACACAAGACAUUAUUUCGUUAAGAGAGCCUUUAGUCUAAAGCACACACACACAGUGAGUGAGUUUAUGUUCAUUACCAUGACCUGGCUUCAUCUGAAUCCCACUCUAUGCACAGACACACACAGUGAAAUGCCCUUUUUAGGCACACAAUCAAAGGCAGAAUGCAAAGAGGUGUGUGUGUGUCUGUGUCUGUGUGUGAGAGAGAGUGUGAGUGAGUGAGGGCAAGACCAUCUUACAAAGCACACACACACACAAAGACGCACACACAUUAAGAGAGACACCAGAGCCUUGCUCUCUCCGGAUGAUUUCAAAAGUAUUCCGGACAUCAUGGCCUCUUCAGAAUCAUCUGGAAGAUUCAUGAACAAGUUUUUGUGCCUCCUGGAAAACACUAAACUGCUCACGGCAGCUGCCCCCAUUUUUUCAACUCUGCUGAGAAGUGAAAGUCAUGCAUGCAUACAUACACAUCCACUCACACACUCUUGGGUUGGUGUGAGAGGCUCUGAGGAUAUUUGGCGUGAGGUGCCACAGCAAUGCGUUUGUAAUUAAAAAAAAAAAAAACACAUGUAACUCUUUGCUUGAUGUUUUGCUUGAUUUUUAUGUGAAGGUUUGCUCUCUUCCACUAUACAAACUCUUGUAAGUGGCAGGUUUCUAAAAUGACGUACACUACACUUUGAUAUUUAUAAUGCAAAAAAAUAGCCGUUAACAAAAUGUACAUCUUUUUGCUGAAAGAGUCUUGUAUAAAAAAAUAAAACAUUUGAAAGCUUUUUUA